AUGGCAGGUACGAUGAAUGAGAAAGAUUUUUCGACAGCUAUUCUUGAAUCAAAGACAAAGAAUACGCUAAUAGUCUGCGACAAGGACUGUGACAAGCUCCGGACAUAUCAGGUGGGGCUCCAUCCCACGACUCUUAAUGAGCUGGAGCUUUUUGAGUCUGACUAUGUCAGGAUACUAGGGAAGAAGAAGGCUGAGCUUAUAUUUAGCACUGUUGCACUUGAGAGUGUGCCGCCGAAGCACAUUGCGGUUGUCAGGGAUGGAAGGUUUAACCUGAGGGUAAGGAUUACCGACACGGUGAAGCUGUAUAGAGUAGAUAAGGAUAUUCCUGUGGUUAGCAAGCUCAACUUUCUCCCGAUAAAGGACACGGUUGAGAAGAUCAGAGGGAACAUUUUUGACGAGUUUGUCAGGCCAUUUUUGGAUUUCAACUUUAUGCCUCUUACUGUGGGAUCUAUUUAUGGGGUUAGCUCAGGGCUUGGAAGGGUUGAGUUCAAGGUUACCAAGAUGAUAGAUGCUCAGGACAUGGAGAUAAAGCAUGGGUCUGUGACAUCGACGACGUCUGUGUACUGCGACGAAACCAUUUCGAGGGAGGAGGUUGAGAAGGAAUUCAACAUGGUUGGAUAUGACGAUGUCGGGGGAUGCAGGGCACAGAUGGCGAAGAUCAGAGAGCUGGUUGAGCUUCCCCUCAGGCAUUCGCAGCUGUACUCAAAAAUAGGGGUGAAGCCACCCAAGGGGAUUCUGCUCUACGGUCCGCCUGGAACAGGGAAGACCUUAAUAGCAAGGGCAAUAGCGAACGAGACCGGGGCCUUUCUGUUUCUGAUAAACGGGCCCGAGAUUAUGUCGAAGAUGGCUGGGGAGAGCGAGUCCAACCUUAGGAAGGCAUUUGAAGAGGCCGAGAAGAAUGCACCAUCGAUUAUCUUCAUUGAUGAGAUAGAUGCACUUGCACCGAAGAGAGAGAAGUCUCAGGGGGAGGUUGAGAGAAGAAUUGUGAGCCAGCUGUUGACUCUUAUGGAUGGGAUGAAAGCAAGAAGCAACGUGAUAGUUCUUGGGGCCACCAAUAGGCCCAAUUCGAUCGACUCUGCGCUGAGAAGGUAUGGGAGGUUUGAUCGUGAGAUUGAGAUUGGGGUGCCUGACGAGACAGGAAGGCUCGAGAUCCUUAGAAUCCACACCAAGAACAUGAAGAUGUCUGAGGACGUUGAUUUGGUGGCAAUAAACAAGGAGCUGCAUGGGUUUACUGGAAGCGACUUGGCAUCACUUUGUAGUGAGGCAGCGCUACAGCAGAUCCGGGAGAAGCUUCCGCAGAUAGAUUUAGAUGAUGAUAAGAUCGAGGCAAAAGUCUUGGCCUCUCUGAAGGUCACCAAUGAAAACUUCCGAUAUGCAAUUGAGCACACGGAUCCAAGCUCCCUUAGAGAAACGGUCAUUCAAUCCCCGAAUGUCAAAUGGUCUGACAUUGGAGGGCUCAAGCUGGUUAAGCAAGAGCUGAGAGAAACUGUUCAAUAUCCUGUGGAAUAUCCAGAGAAGUUCAUAAAAUUUGGAAUGACGCCUGCCAAGGGAGUCCUAUUCUAUGGGCCUCCUGGAUGUGGUAAGACACUUCUUGCCAAGGCGGUUGCCACAGAGUGUAAGGCCAACUUCAUAUCGAUAAAGGGCCCCGAGCUCCUCUCCAUGUGGGUUGGAGAAUCUGAGUCUAACAUUAGGGAUUUGUUUGCUAGAGCAAGGGGUGCGGCGCCCUGUGUCUUGUUCUUUGAUGAGAUAGAUUCGAUUGCCAAGGCGAGGUCUGGAAAUGACGGAAGCAGUGGAGUCACAGAUAGGAUGCUGAAUCAGCUGCUGUCUGAGAUGGAUGGAAUAAACCUGAAGAAGAAUGUUUUUGUGAUUGGAGCAACGAACAGGCCUGAUCAGUUGGACAGCGCGCUGAUGAGGCCUGGAAGGCUCGAUCAGUUGGUCUAUAUCCCGCUCCCUGACCUUGAGAGCAGGGUAUCCAUACUUCAGGCCACACUUAAGAAGACACCUCUCUCUCCUGAUAUUGAUCUUCGACAGCUUGCAGAAGCCACUGACAAGUUUUCUGGGGCCGAUCUUUCCGAGAUAUGCCAAAGAGCAUGUAAGUUGGCCAUAAGGGAGACGAUUGAGUAUGAGCUUGAGCAAAAAAAGAAGGGGUCUGAGAUGAUGGAUCUUGAGGACCCUGUUCCGUAUCUGAGGCCUGACCAUCUUGUGCAAGCCCUGAAGACUGCAAGGCGUAGUGUUUCUGACAAGGAGGUUGAAAGAUAUGAAGCAUUUGCAAGGUCUAUGAAGAUUGAUGUCCGAAAGUUUGAUAAGAAGAAGGACUUCAAUGACGACGGACUUUAUGAAUAA